AUGGCACAUCUGCUUGUUGAAAAUCCAUCAUCAUCUUCUUCAAACAAUCAACAGAUCACCAGCGCCUCAUCCUGUCAUUGGGCUUUGAAGUCUUGUACUUUAACCGAUCCCAAAGUGAUCGCACUUGUAUGCUUUGAACAAUCAAAUUAUGCGGUCCAUCUCCAUCCUGAAGAUAAGCGUGGCUAUCGCUCCAUUGUUCGAUUGAUCAACAACGACCAAAUAUUUUCAACAAUCAAUCGAGAUUAUACUUCAGUAGAAAGAAUUGGUCUUGCGUUAACCAUGACUUUAGUCACAGAAGCCUAUAAUCAUAUUGUACCAAUCGCUCAAAAUGCAGUUACAGGAAAUAACGCUCGUUUGUUAGAUCCGAAAACGGUCACCAUUCAACUGGGUAUCACACAAGAACCAAUUUUUCUCCAUGGUCAUGUGUUUGGAUGCGGCGAUCCAGAAAGAAAAUAUAUUGAUGAUGUUCAAUUGGAUGGUCCUAUUCUUGGAACACUUUUCAAUAUGAACACUUCAUCUCCGCACGAAUCAGAUCACGAUAAAAAAGUGUCCUGGAAAUCGGAGGAAAUAAAUAAAGUAGUUCGUAGAUUAGAAACUGAAAUUGAAAACAUUCAUCAUGCUUACAAAAUUCACGGACUCACCAUCAUUACCCGAAAUACUUUCUUUAAUAUCUACAUAGUAAGACAUGGUGAAACUGAUUGGAACACUCAAACAAGACUUCAAGGACACACAGAUAUUGCGUUAAGUGAGAAAGGCAGACUUCAGGCUUGUCAACUUCAAGAAAAGUUCGCUGGCAUUCAUUUUUCAAAAGUAUUCUCAUCCGAUUUGAUACGAGCGCGUUCAACUGCUGAACUGAUUCUCGGUUCGAACAAAUCAACUAUUAUUGAAACACCACUGCUUCGAGAAAGAUGCUUGGGAACCUGGGAAGGACGUUUUGCUGGUGAAUUAAAAUCACACUUGGAACAAACUAUCGAUGUUGACAAUUUCACACAAGAGGAAUAUUUGUCGUUUAAAUGGGAUGAUACUGCUGAAAGCUAUUCUGAUGCAUAUCAACGACUACAAACUUUUAUCCGAUCCAUUGCAUUUUCUACACCGAUAAGUGAUGAUCCAAUUUUACUUUGUAGCCAUGGUGGUAUCUUGCGAAGCAUACUUUAUCACUUGGACUUUCGUCCUGGACUUCGCUGGCAGGUAACCAAUUGUGCUUUUCUGAAGCUGAGGGUAAAGGCUGAUGGAGAAAUCACCAUCAUGGCUUCUGAGGGUGUCAAAUUGGCCGAAGCCAAGCAGAUCAUGUUAUCAUUCUGA